UGCAUCUUCAUCAUCAUCUUCAUCGAGAACGAGUGGGUAACCACCAUGAGCAUGAACUGAAAUUCAUCUCCGAGGGAUGUAUUCGGUCAAUACACUGACGUGGCGUCUUCAAUUGGUAUGUUAAUCCUUACUGGAAGUCAUAGGUGACUUGAAGUCACCCAUUCUCUUAUUUGUGGUCAAAUGCACUAACGCACCUAUAACUCAGAUAGAUCAGAAACGGGUUUCGUCGCAAUCCGGAUGUUAGAUGCUAUAAAACGGCACCCCGCAAAACUAUAUCCUCACUUAUUCUUGAGAUACUUCCGACAUCAACUGCACUUGUCCACAUAUCAAUAGUAGAUCAGUGUCUGACUUCGCCAUGGCAUUUUCUGGCACUCUUACAACGUUCGUGUACGAUAUCAUCGGCCUCGGAUUCGGCCCGGCAAAUCUUGCUGUUGCUGGAGCGCUGCUGGAGCAACCCAGAGAGACCUGCCCGGUAUCUGUGAACAAGUCUCUCUUCAUCGAGCGAUAUCACGAAUUCAAAUGGCACCCGGGUAUGCUGCUCCCUGGCACCCGCAUGCAGAUUAGUUUCCUGAAAGAUUUGGCAACUCUGAGAUCACCACAGUCUCCAAUCACCUUUAUUGCAUACCUGCAUUCCCAAAACCGUCUGGUGGACUUCAUCAACCGGGGCAGCACUUCUCCGACGCGGAAGGAAUACGCGGAUUACCUUGCCUAUGUCGCGCGGUAUGUACAAGACCAAGGCAUUAAGGUCGCUUAUGGCGAAAAUGUUAUUGCAAUCGAAGAAGAGGGUGAAGGAAUUGUGCAGGUCCAUAGCAUGGUGCUUAUCACGGGCGAAAUUAGAGUUCGUCGUGCAAGAAAUUUAAUCAUCUCGCCAGGAGGCUCGCCGUGGGUCCCGCGGUCUAUUCAGGCCAUCUUGCCUCAUCCUCGCAUCAUUCACACUGCUCAGUACUUAUCCUCUGUGGAACCGAUGUUGGCCAUGACGGAAGCAAUAACUCGAUCACUCAAAAUUGCGGUUGUCGGCGCUGGGCAGUCUGCAGUGGAGGUACUACUUGACCUCCACUCGCGGCUAACUAGUAUGGGUAAGAGUGCCGGCAAAGCACACAACCUCCACCUCAUUAUUCGUGGUGGCUCCUUGAAAUCGAGUGACGGCGGUCCUUUUGCGAACCAGGCAUACAAUCCAGAGUUUACAGAUGUUCUGUAUAACCUGCCAAGUGACCCUCGAAGAAAAGUGCUCGCAGACUACAAAGGCACGAAUUACGGGGCGGUAAAUCCGCGUACGCUUGAUUCACUCUACGAAGUCAUGUAUGACCAACAAGUAGACGGCAGCAUCGCUAGACGCAAGGGAAACAAGCUGUCUGUGACCAGCACACGUAUAAACAUCAUACCCUACAGUAACCUGUCGUCGGCGGAGAUCACCACACAUCCGUCACAAAUAUCCAGAGAGACAGAUACACUUUCGAUUAUUUUGGAGAAUACCCUCACACACGAUGUCUCAGAGACGACAUAUGAUGCCAUCGUCUGUGCUACUGGUUACGAACGACAUUCAUGGCUGGACCUCUUGAAAUCAUCCAACAUAGGCAAGCGCUUUGGCCUGAGCGCUACCUCGGAUAAGACGUGCCUCGCUGUGGAGCACGAUUUUGGAGCAGCUGUGGAUGGCGAUUUUGGACCAGCCGUUAACGGGAGGAAUGGUCAUUUGGACAUGUGGAGCAAAGCAGAGGGGAUACAUAUGCCACGCACACUCUCGGAGAGCAAGGUUUCCGAUACACUUUAUAUUUCGCGAAGUUAUAGGCUUCUUCCGCUGCCAACAACGGGUCGUGGAUUCGUUCCAAAUAUAUACUUGCAAGGUUGUGCAGAGGAAACGCAUGGAUUAAGCGAGACACUGUUGAGCGUGGCGGGAGUUCGGGCAGGGGAAAUUGUGGAAGACUUGUGUUCGAAUUAUUAGGGGUGAUUUUGGGGCCGGCGAUGCACGCUGUAUAAUUUUUUGGUUUCAUUUAUUGGAAGAGAGGUCUAUUGGAUGGCACCUUUUCUGCGACUCGGAAUAUUGGCUGAUUGACUCACUAGCGGACGUGUUAAAAACAGAAAGUAUUAUCGUAGGAUGUAUAUGUAUAUGUUUAUCAAGAUGACGGCCUAGUAUGUUAUUUUUUCAGCAAUUAUAUGGCCUGAUGUACGAAAGUACAAUUCCUGCUACUUGUUCUCGAAAUUUAAACAGAUGGG